UUUAGAAAGUUUAAGGACUCAAAUACAACUUUACUCUGACGGGUUAAAUUAGGUCGACCAUAUAGUUAGAGACUUAGAGAGUUAGAGGGGAAAAAACAAUAGUUAACCCUAAAAGUAACCAUGCUAUUUGAAAAUUGAAACAAAUUACAAGUGAUAAUUUACAAAAAUGUUCCCACCCAAAGCCCUUUUCAAUCACUCUUCCCUUUUCCUCCGGCAGCCGCCGCAGCACCACCGUCUAAAGUCAAAGUAAUGCACGAUCCUCCAAUCCCCCUCCCACAACUACAACCUCUGCAACUCUCCCUCUCAGGGAACUACCGCGCCAUCUGCAACCACCUCCUCGCUCUAACCCACUCUCGAUCCCUCCGCAGAGGCCUCCAACUCCAUGCCCACAUCAUCAAAACCGGCCUCGAAACCAUCCCUCUCCUCUCCCACCACCUCAUCAACUUCUACUCCAAAACUCAACUCCCCAACUCCUCCCUCCAAGUCUUCAACUCCUCCCCUCACCGCUCCGCCACCACCUGGAGCUCCCUCAUCUCCUCCUUCGCCCAGAACGACCUCCCCCAUCUCGCCCUCGACUUCUUCCGCCAAAUGCUCCGCAUUGGACUCCUCCCUGAUGAUCACAUUCUCCCCACCGCCGCCAAGUCCUGCGCCGCGCUCUCAUCCAUCCACGUCGGCCUAUCCCUCCAUGCCCUCGCCCUUAAAACCGCAUACCACCUCGACGUAUUCGUUGCCAGCUCGCUUGUUGAUAUGUAUGCGAAAUGCGGGGAAAUCGGGUAUGCCCGGAACGUGUUUGAUGAAAUGCCCCACAGAAAUGUGGUGUCGUGGAGCGGGAUGAUAUAUGGGUAUGUUCAAUUGGGUGAGGAUGAGGAGGCUCUGAGGCUGUUUAAGCAGGUGCUCGUGGAGGAAGACGUCGGGGUUAAUGAUUUCACAUUGUCUAGUGUUUUGAGGGUGUGCGGUGCUUCCACGUUGCUCGAGCUCGGGAAGCAGAUACACGGGUUGUGUUUCAAGACGAGCUUUGACUCGUCGUGUUUCGUGGCUAGUUCUUUGAUUUCGUUGUACUCCAAGUGCGGGGCUGUUGAAGGAGCUUACCAGGCUUUUGAGGAGCUGCAAGUUAGGAAUCUUGGGAUGUGGAAUGCGAUGUUGAUUGCGUGCGCUCAGCACGCGCAUACGAAUAGAACCUUUGAGCUGUUUGAGCAGAUGAAGAGUGUUGGCGGGGUGAAGCCUAAUUUCAUCACGUUUUUGUGCGUGCUUUAUGCUUGCAGCCAUGCAGGGUUAGUGGAGAAAGGCCAGCAUUACUUUGAGUUGAUGAAGAAGGACUAUGGUAUUGAACCCGGGUCACAACAUUACGCCACCAUGGUGGAUUUGCUUGGCCGUGCUGGGAAAUUGCAGGAUGCGGUUCAGGUGAUCGAGGAAAUGCCUAUGGAACCCACAGAAUCUGUUUGGGGGGCUUUGUUGACAGGGUGUAGAAUACAUGGGGAUACUGAACUUGCAUCCUAUGUUGCUGAUAGAGUUUUUGAGCAGGGUCAUGUGAGUUCUGGCCUUAAUGUCCUGCUUUCUAAUGCUUAUGCUGCUGCUGGGAGAUGGGAGGAAGCAGCAAGAGCAAGAAAGAUGUUGAGAGACCAAGGAAUAAAGAAGGAAACUGGUUUGAGUUGGGUGGAGGAAGGGAAUAGAGUUCACACAUUUGCUGCUGGGGACAGGUCUCAUGCGAAAACAGUGGAAAUUUAUAACAAGUUAGAGGAGUUAGGAGAUGAAAUGGCCAAAGCUGGUUAUGUUGCAGACACUUCGUUUGUGUUGAAAGAAGUGGGUGGCGAAGAGAAGAAUCAAACCAUUAGGUAUCAUAGUGAGAGGUUAGCCAUAGCAUUUGGCCUCAUUACUUUCCCUCAGGAACGACCAAUCAGAGUGAUGAAGAAUUUGCGUGUUUGUGGUGAUUGCCACACUGCGAUUAAGUUUAUUAGCAAAAUUACUGGAAGGGUACUCAUUGUGAGAGACAAUAACCGGUUCCACCGAUUUGAGGAUGGAAAAUGCACUUGUGGAGAUUAUUGGUGAUUAUAAGGUGCUGACUGCUGAGUAUGCGUGUGAUUGAACAUUGAACUUAACACUGCAGAAUUCUGCUUCUCCAUUUCAUUCAUGCGCUGGGAUCUUAGAAUCAUCAUGUUUGCAAUGGUGCAAAUAGGGAAACAAAAACAGAGUAAAAGAUUAUUUAUGGGGCAGUAAGUAAACAAGAAUAGCAUAAGCUUACUAUAUGACACCAUUUUUUUUUUCUUUUCAAUCUAGAGUUCAAGUAAUGAUGGACGGGUUUUGAUUUUUUUCCAAA